AAAACGCAGGACAAGGAGAAGAAGAAGGUGAUCGAGGACAAGACGUUUGGGCUCAAGAACAAGAAAAAGUCAAAGAAGGUGGGCGAGUACGUGAAGCAGGUGGAGCAGCAGGUGAUGACCUCGGGGAGCCGCAAGGACCGCAAGCAGGAGGAGGAGCGCAAGAACGCGCUGACCCGCAAGAAGGAGGAGGAGAAGCAGAAGCUGGAGAUGCUGGAGCUGUUCAAGCCGAUCCAGACGCAAAAGGUGCCGUUCGGAGUCAAUCCGAAAUCGGUCCUUUGCCAGUUCUUCAAGGCCGGGGGGUGCAGCAAGGGGGACCGGUGCAAGUUCUCGCACGACCUGUCGGUGGAGCGCAAGGGCCAGAAGCUCGACAUUUACACGGACAAGCGCGACGGCAAGGAGGAGACCAUGGAGGACUGGGACCAGAGCCAGCUCGAGGAGGUGGUGCUGUCGAAGCACGGCAACCCAAAGACCACGACCACCAUUGUGUGCAAGCACUUUUUGGCGGCGAUCGAGAGCUCAAAGUACGGCUGGUUCUGGGAGUGCCCGAAUGGCGGCGACAAGUGCAUAUACAAGCACGCGCUGCCGCCCGGAUUUGUGCUUAAGAAGGACAAGAAGAAGGACGAGGACAAGGACGAGAUCUCGCUUGAGGAGUUCCUGGAGACAGAGCGGCACAAGCUGGGUGACAACUUGACGCCGGUAACGCUCGAGUCGUUCACCAAGUGGAAGGCGGAUCGCAAGGCGCGCAAGGAGGCGGAGGAGGCCAAGGCCAAGGAGGCCAAGGCGAAGGCAUUCAAGGCCGGCAAGGCAGUCAACAUGUCGGGCCGUGACUUCUUCGAGUUCAACCCUGAGCUGGAUGCGGGAGAUAAUGAUGACGGAGACGAGUUUGACUUUUCGCAGUACAAGACGGCGGACGGUGGGUACCAGCAGGAUGAGCACCAGCAGGAGGCGGAGGAGAAGGGCGCACAGAACGAGGAUCUGUUUGCAGCCGAGGAUGUUGGCGACAUUUCGGACGAC